AGACAGUUGCGAAGCUGUAUGAGCUGUGCUACAAGUCAGAUAUUCACCAAUAUUCAAUUUAUUUAUAGUAUACUCAUACUGUCAAUUCCGUGGAGUGGUAUGUGGUCAAAUAUGAAAUUUUCGAGAAUAAAAAGUGUGCUAUCUACAUGCAGUAAAAGAUAUAUAAGUAAAAAAGGCCGAAAAUAUCCUGUUGAUCCAAAACAUGUAGAGAAACUGCCAGUUUUUCAGUACACUGUUAGUAAAAAGAAUUAUAGAAGAGUUUUCGCCUGGGGAAAUCUAGAAACCGGUGCUUUAGGUGUGCCAUAUGUUGAAAACAAUAAAAACAAAGAUAUAAUACGAUGUUUGAGUUUCCCAAGACGUAUCACAUUUGGCGAACAAUUUGAAGUUGUAUCGGCUGCCUGUGGAUUCGGAUUUACAAUUUACGGUGUGAAUAGUGACACAAAUAUUAAAAUAUACGGAACGGGCAUCAACACCGACUCACAAAUAGGUUACCAUGAAGUAAGGCAAUAUAAACCUUUAGGAAUAAUCUUCCGUCCCCAACCAAUUCCGUUGCCAUUUUUAAACCCUGAAAAAACAAAAAUUUUGAAAUUGGCCGCAGGUAGAGCUCACAGUGUUGUUUUAACAGAUGAAGGCAUUUUUACACUAGGCAACAAUUCCUAUGGGCAGUGCGGAAGAAAGGUUAUACCAAAUGAAGACUAUUCUAUGAGUAAUUACAUUCAUCAUAUUUCAAAAUUAGAAGGCAAAAACAUUGUCGAUAUAGAAUGUGGACAAGAUCAUAGUUUAGCUUUAACAGAAGAUGGUAAUGUAUAUUCAUGCGGAUGGGGUGCCGAUGGUCAAACGGGAUUGAAUCAUUUUGAUAAUGUCGAACAGUUUACGAGAGUUAAAGGAGAUAUUGAAAAUGAGAAAAUUGUAAAGCUAGCGUGUAAAGCUGACUUCACUUUAGCUUUAAAUGAUAAGGGAGAUGUUUUCGGUUGGGGCAACACUGAAUAUAAUCAAAUUACAUUACCGGGUGGUGAUCAACAAUUGUCCGUGCCUUCCUAUAUAGAUAUGUUAAAAAAAAUUGGUAAAAUCACAAGCAUUGCGAGUAGUGGAACACUAUGCAUUGUCGUAAACGAACAAGGACAUGUCUACUCCUGGGGAUACGGUUUAUUAGGUGUUGGACCUAACAUACAACAAUCGAAAUUACCCAUAAAAAUUCCAGAAACGUUAUUUGGCCUUAAUGAUUUCCAGCCCAAUAAUAUUGUACAAAAAGUUGUCUGUGGUUUAAAUUAUGCUGUAGCAGUAACAAAUGGGGGAGAUUUAUUUGCUUGGGGUAGGAAUAAACAUGGCUGCCUUGGAUUGGGAGGAGAUAAAGAUCAAUAUUUUCCACUUAAGGUAAAGGUGUCUUUGGGGGGCCACGUUGAUGAAAUUUUUUGUGGUGCAGAUCACUCGGUAACAAUAUGUAAGCCAUAUAUAUAAUAAAACGUAAAAAUAAAUAUGAUUUUUUUUGUUUA